AUGUCCCCCGAGCUGCCAGACGACGGCAGCGCGCGCCCGUCGCCGAUAGGUCUACACGCCACCAGUUCUCGGGAUAACCAGUAUGGGGUUGGCGGCUCCCAGCAACGACCCGGCGAUGAAUCCACGACCCAAACAACUGGCGAAUCUGGACUGUCGUCCUACUGGCAUACUUCGUACAGCUCUCCCCAUGAUCGCAUUAGUUUCGAGUCUCAUAUAGACCCUACGGCACUGCAGGCAGCGCUACCUCCUGAUAUUCCUCCACCAUUGACACAAUCUCCACGCUUCCCUCCAGACUCCUAUCACUCGUUCGAUGGAGGGUCACAAUAUGUCGAAGAGUCGACGAAUCCCUAUUACGCAGAUUCCGAUAGAGUUCCACUCACAGCGGGAGUGCAACCGAUUUCUGGCUCUCACCUUGGAGACGACCAUGGCAGGGAGAGUUUUCAAACUGUCCGCGACCUCGAUAGCAAUCCAAUCCGGGACCAUGAAGGAAAGGGCCUUGGACACCGUUCUAAUCUUGGCUAUUCACCUGGUGGUCACCAAAGCUAUGGCCUGACGCUAGAUCCUGGCGAUUUUCGCUUAUCGCGGUCAGCUUCAACAGCUGGAGCUUUCCAGCGCGCCGGAUCAAUUGUGAGGGCCAUGUCACAAAGAGUUGUGAAUCUAAGUGGAGAGUCGGAUGUUGCUGACCAGCGGUCCUCUCGCUAUCACUCCCGGUCUCGCGACUCGUCAAGUGAAAGGCCGCUCAAUCCAACACUAUCAACGUAUGCCGAUGAGCCGUAUUAUUCUCGAGCAACUACAUCUCCGGCAGAGAAAGCCGCUCAAAAUACCUUCUUAACCACUGAAAUCCCAACUCGAUUACCUUCACCAGCUCGUCCAAAGGCUCCCAACCCCCUGAGAGGAAAGUCACUGGGGAUAUUCUCUCCAGAAAGUCGAUUUAGAUUAUGGAUGUGUGAUUUACUUGUCAAUCCCUACACGGAGCCUUUUAUCCUUAUCCUUAUUGUUUCCCAAACGAUUCUACUUGCCGUAGAAUCCUGGCCAGAUGUUUUCAGCCCGGGAAAUGCGCGCCCCGAGCAAUGGGGUAACAGACCAAUAGAUUGGACAAUGCUGGCGCUCUUCAUUAUAUUCACACUCGAGAUCAUGGCUAGGAUUGUGGUAUCUGGCUUCAUAUUGAAUGCAGAGGAGUAUAGCACCAUUGAUCGCAAGAGGGGCAUCCGAGCAGCGGUUGCCGAUCGAUAUAGAUCUAUUUUUCAACCACAGAGGCAAAGGUCUACUAAGAGAGUUCGGUCUGCCCAGCCUCAGGCCCCAGCAUUCGCCCGUUCAUUCACGACUUUGAUGCAGGGGCAGCAAACUGGCCCCAAGACGGUUGAGGACCAGCAACGGUUCCAAUUAGCACGCCGAGCCUUUUUGCGGCAUUCAUUCAAUCGUCUAGAUUUUGUUGCUGUGGUCUCUUUUUGGAUUACCUUUGUGCUGGCUAUGACUGGCACUGAGAACCGACACCACUUCUAUCUCUUCCAAAUGCUUAGUUGUCUCCGUAUUCUGAGAUUACUGGCUCUUACUCACGGCACUGCUAUUAUCCUAAGAAGCUUGAAAAAGGCAGCCCCUCUCCUUGUCCGUGUAGCGUUUCUCAUCAGCUUCUUCUGGCUCCUUUUUGCCAUUAUCGGUAUACAGAGUUUUAAAUCAAGUUUGAGUCGGCAGUGCGUUUGGUUGGAUCCAUUGGAUCCGAGCAAUCUAACGGCCUCUUUCACCAACAACAUGCAAUUUUGUGGUGGCUACUUGGAUAACGCGACUGGAGCCACACUACCUUGGGUGAAAUUCAGUGCUGCAGGAUCUCUAGAAAACCUAGUCAAGGGCACUACCGAAGGAAAGGGAUAUUUGUGCCCCAGAGGCUCAAUAUGUCUACAACAAGACAACCCUUAUAAUGGGACAGUGAACUUUGACAACAUCGUCCAGUCUCUCGAGCUGGUAUUCGUCCUAAUGAGUGCCAACACAUUUUCCGACCUAAUGUACUAUACUAUGAACUCAGAUUAUCCUCAGGCGGCUUUAUUCUUUGGUGCUGCCAUCAUGAUUAUGAUGUUGUGGUUGACCAACCUGCUUAUAGCUGUCAUCACCUCGUCAUUUCAGGUCAUUCGUGAAGAAAGCAAAUCGAGUGCCUUUACUGUCGAAGCGGAACCGUCCGCCCAGCCACAUACAGAUGAGCGUAAACGAAAAGAUUCACCUGCUCAGCACCUGUACAAGAAGACAUCGCUGUUUUGGUUGCUUGUGGUGGCUUUCGCUUUACUUAGUGAGGCGUGCCGUAGCGCAUCCAUGUCCGAUUCCCGGAGAAGAUAUAUCGAUGCGGCUGAGAUUGUUGCCACUAUACUACUUGAUAUUGAAAUCAUCAUACGAAUUGUGGCCUAUUGGAGCGUGUUCCAUCGAAGUUGGCAGAAUAUCUUUGACCUGGCUUUGGCUAUAAUCGAUUCCGUUAUCCUCAUACCAGCAAUCCACAACUCCCGCGUGUAUGCCUGGCUGACUGUCUUUCAAGUUCUUCGAGCGUACCGACUUGUUUUGGCAAUACCUGUGACGCGAAAGCUCAUACUUUUGGUGCUUGGCAGUGCGGCCGGUAUUGGCAAUCUUAUGCUAUUUGUAUUUUUAAUGACCUUUUUGGUCGCAAUCUUGGCCGCACAGCUGUUCAGAGGACAAAUACCUGUUUAUGACGAUGGAGAACUAAAUCGCAUCUCAUUCAACACCAUGUUCAACUCUUUUCUCGGCAUGUAUCAGAUACUCUCCAGCGAGAACUGGACCGCCAUUCUAUACUCUGUCACUUCUUAUACAAAAGCGCUGAAAACCGCUUGGAUCGGAGCGAUAUUCCUGAUAGGGUGGUUUAUCUUGGCAUUCUUUAUCUUGAUUAACAUGUUUAUUGCUGUUAUUCAAGAGAAUUUUGACGUGUCGGAAGACGAGAAACGUUUAGAGCAAGUAAAGGCUUUUCUUCAGAGGAAGGAACUCGGGCGUACGUCCAACAACCUUACGCUUUCUACGAUUUUCAGCUUUGGAAAAUCUCGCCGACGCAAGGAUCCGUUAGACUAUGGCCCAGGCAUGAUGGAAAUGCUUCUUAAAGACACUGUGGUGCAGGAGUUCUUAGACGAUGAAGUGGCCGACCCUCUCCGUCUUCACCCAGAGCACAGAAAUCGACCACAACGGAGUACCACAAAUCUGAUGGGAGACGGCAAGCCGGGUUUCUUGAAAAAGAUAUGGGCUCGGUUUAAUAAGAGCGGACCUAAUCCUUUCUACUCAAAUCUUCGCUUCGACGGCCCCAAUGGCACUUUGGAUCCUCGGCAAAUGGCCCGACAGGCAGUAUCGGCAACGUCGGCUCGCCGGAAAGCUCAGCGAGAUUAUCUCGCUCAGAAUCCUCGAUACAAUACAUCGCUAUACGUCUUCCCCCCCAACAGCCGCGUCCGACGCCUUUGCCAAAGUCUUGUAGGCCCAGCCAGGGGCCUCGAACGCUUCGACGGGGUUGAACCCAACAGGAUCGCGUGGUACUCGAUAUCCGGCUUCAUUUACGCGUCCGUGUUUGCAAUGGUUGUUAUAGCUUGCGUUACAACUCCGCUCUAUCAGAAGGAAUAUCGAGAGCAGCAUCCAUCCACCGUGACUCAAUGGUACAUCUGGACAGACCUGGCCUUUGCUGUGAUCUUUACCCUCGAAGCAGCCAUCAAGAUAAUUGCAGAUGGUCUUUUAUGGACGCCCAAUGCAUUUCUACGCAGCUCGUGGGGCAUAAUUGACGCAGUUGUGUUAAUAACCCUGUGGAUCAAUGUCGUAACAUUGUUGAUUGACGACGGUGGCAUCUCGAGAGCGUUGGGUGCUUUCAAAGCACUUCGAGCGCUGCGGCUACUGAAUGUGAGCGACAGCACGCGUGAUACAUUCCACUCACUGAUUAUCGUCGGAUGGUGGAAACUUUUAGGCGCUGCGUUUGUGUCUAUAUCUCUCUUGAUCCCGUUUGCUAUCUACGGCCUCAACCUAUUUAAUGGAUUACUGGUAUCUUGCAAUGAUUCUGGCGAUAACAUCUCUACCCUAACUCAGUGUUUUGGCGAAUUCAACAGCACCCCUUAUUCCAACGACUGGCCGAUGUUAGCACCCAGAGUGGCAUCAAAUCCAUACUUUGGCUUUGAUGACUUUGGCUCGUCACUUUUCACGCUGUUCCAAAUUGUCAGCCAAGAAGGGUGGGUGGACGUUUCAUUCGCAGCUCAGGCGAUUACAGGCCUUGGCAUGCAGCCACAAGACCUAGCAAACCAGGGAAACGCAAUGUUCUUUGUCGUUUUCAACCUCUUAGCCACUGUCUUCAUUCUUACGCUCUUCAUCUCCGUGUUCAUGAGAAAUUAUACAGAGCAGACGGGAGUUGCGUUCCUCACGGCAGAGCAGCGAUCAUGGCUUGAGCUGCGAAAGCUCUUGCGUCAUAUCUCCCCAUCAAAAAGCUCAUACGACGAUUCAGAGAAUAAAUGGAAAAAAUGGUGCCACAAGAGGGCCAUUGAAAAAAGAGGGAAAUGGUACCAGGCGGUUACGGUUGUUCUGGUUUUGCAUCUGCUCUUGCUGGUGGCAGAAUUCAACAAUGAGCCAUCGUGGUGGACGACAACCCGAGAAUACAUAUUCUUGCUCUUCAUUCUGAUUUACAUUACCAACAUCACGAUUAGGAUAGUAGGUCUGGGGUGGACGCGUUUUAGGCGGAGCUCUUGGGAUCUCUACUCUCUAGUAGCUGUAUCGGGUGCCUUUAUUGCUACUCUUGCACUACUAAUUGCAGACAGUGGAGCCGAUACGUAUGUGCAGCUUCACAAGAUAUUUUUGGUUGCCAUCGUUCUCUUGCUGAUUCCAAGGAACGAUGCGCUGGAUCAACUAUUCAAGACGGCAGCAGCAAGUCUGCCGGUCAUCAGCAACCUCUUGGCUACUUGGUUUGUUUUUUUCCUUGUCUUUGCCAUCGCAAUGACGCAGACCUUUAGCUUAACUCGCUUCGGUGAUAAUGAGGGAAGUUACAUCAACUUUAGGACAGUUCCAAUGGCUCUGAUAUUCUUAUUCAGAAUGAGUCUAGGAGAAGGAUGGAAUCAAAUCAUGGAAGAUUACGCGGGGAUUGAAUCACCACUCUGCGUUGAGACUGACAACUUCUUCGACAGCGAUUGCGGCAGCAAGCCAUGGGCCAGAUUCUUAUUUAUCGCUUGGAAUAUUGUCAGCAUGUACAUCUUUGUGAAUCUGUUUGUUUCACUCAUUUUCGAGAGUUUCAGCUAUGUUUACCAGCGCUCGUCUGGCAUGGCCGUUGUGGAUCGCGAUGAGAUUCGACGCUUCAAGGAGGCCUGGCGGAGCGUAGACCCCGCCGGGACUGGCUACAUCACAAAAGAGGCCUUUCCACGCCUCCUCGGUGAGCUUUCGGGAGUUUUCCAAAUGCGGAUAUACGAAGCAGAUGAUUCUGUUCGGCAAAUCUUGGAGGAUGUGCGGGAAGAUACAAGAAUUUCUCGCCAUACUUCCAUCGUUUCGGUGGCUGCGCUCAACGACGUUGACAUUAAUCGGCUGAACGAAAGACUGUCCCAGCUGGACGUUGAGAAAGUCCGCAAACGGCGCCAUCGAUUUAAUAUAUUCUACGAGGAAGUCCUCGUAAGCGCCGACCCCGACAAGGGAAUUGCCUUUACCGAUGUUUUAAUGAUACUUGCUCACUACAACAUUAUAAACGAUAGCAAGAGUCUAAAACUCGAAGAAUUUUUGCGGCGCCGUGCGCGCCUGCAACGCGUUGAUGAAGGGAUACGACGGCGAAUCGUACAGGGCUUCUUUGAUACGCUAUAUUACUCGCGCAAGUUUAAAGAACACAUGGAGCGAAAGAGAGCAUCUCGCAUGACAACAAUCCCGCAGCUCAGAAUCCCGGAUAUCUUCGUGGAGGAUGACGAAGGCCUCAUGCCCGGAGAUGCCGAAGUGAAGAUGCGCCAGCUUGGUGUUGAUGCUGACGCGGACGAGCAAAGAAAGCUAAGCUGGCAUGGCAAUACGGCAUCAGGCACCACUUCCCAAAGCCACCCCCUUGGGUUGCCGCGCUCGUCACUUUCGGCAAAUGAGGAACCCAGGGGCUCUUCAACUUUCAGCUUCGAACUUGAGACACCUGAUAUCCAGGAAACGACAGCAGCAGAGCUUGAACGCCCGGCAGAUAGUAGCAACCUGGCCUCGGUUCAGGACAUGCUGGACGGCUCGGUAUGGAUUGAUAGCAUUCGACGCAGCACGACUUUACGCGCUACGGACAGAAGCUCCUAUCGCUAUGACGACUUACCCUAGAUUUAGACCGGUUAGAUUUUGUCUGCUAAUUAUAUAUUGAACGAAUUGAAUGAAAUAUCAAAGAAUAUGGUUGGGGCACAAAAUAUAUCUGCAAGUGUAUGUAUUUAGUUUUGGCCAGUUGGUAUGAAUCUAAUGCCAUGACGCCUUUUGGGUACUCCUCCUCCUUUUCCUUUUUACCGUAACGCUUUUUUAUAUCUUUCUUCUUUAUGCAGUUCUCAUUUCCCAUUUCCCAUUACGCAUUUAUCGUGUGUUGUGGAUGUCCAGGACAAGGAUAUCCUGAGCACCCACUCGCUUCAAGUCAUCCAUGACGAGCGCAAUCUUCUUCUUCUCAACCAUUGAGCUCACAGCAACCCAGCCAUCAUCCAGUG